AUGACAGAGGUGGAGGACGGAGGUGAAAUCGAUUUCUUCCUCUUCGACGAUGACAGAGACGAGGUCGUGGACAACAUAAACGAGGUUUUGGUGGUUGAGGAUGUCGGAGUAAGAGGUAUGGUGGUUGAAUUUCGUCACCGGGAAAGAGUGGAGAAGACGAGAGAGAAUACAGGAGUCGGAGGGAUCAGAGACGAACUGACAGAAGCAGAAGACGAGGUGAUACUCUUACAUUAUCUGAAGCCGAUGAUCGAAGACGGAGCUUUCUGGCCACGCCAAUUCGUCGAAGAAGAAGACGUGUUCAACAAGAAUCCAAGCGAAGUAUUCGAUCCUGAGAACACAGUCUUCGUGAUCGUUAAUCCACGAACAGAGGCAUGUGGUAAAACCGAUGGAUGUGAGUAUGGUAGCUGGAGGAUUGUGGCUCGUGAUAAACUGGUUAAGAACGAGGAGACAGGGAAGGUUCUAGGGUUCAAGAGGAUUCUCAAGUUCUGCGUAAAGAAGACGACGAGAGCUAGAGAGUACAAGAGAAGUUGGGUCAUGGAAGAGUAUAGACUUCGGAGCCCUAAGCAAGAUUACGUGAUCUGCAAGAUUCGGCUUUUGUUUCAAACCGAAAAAGGUUUCUUGCUAUCCAAGCAUUUCUCGUAUUCAUCUGGUCCGCUUCCCGCAACACAAUCGUUGCCAGCUUAUGGAUACAGUUUACCUAAUCGAGAACAGGUGGGUGCAUAUUAUCUGCAGAGCUUGAUCGGUUACGAAACCGAAUGGCCUAUGUACGUUACCAACGACGUGUACUGCAUGCAUCCAUCGGCGCUUGUGGAUGCUUAUCAAGAUCAGAGGUUUGCACGAGGAUCCGGACUCUGCAUCUUCGCUAACCGGACAGAGGCUUCUGGUUAUACGGAUGGGUGUGAUAGCGGUUGCUGGAGAAUCAUGAAGGGUGAUGUACCCAUCUCUUCGAUCAUGGUCAUGGUCGGUGAGACUUUCGGUUACAAGAGGGUUUUCAAGUUUUGCGAAGAGGAUAAAGAUAAAUACUCCUAUACUGAUCCCGACGGAGUAGUUGUGUUGCUGACUUGGAUUAUGGAAGAGUAUAGGCUUGCGGACGAGGUCGUGAAAGAUAAAGUGUUGUGCCUUAUCAAGCUUCUUCCGAGGUUAUGGUAA